UAUCACUUCCGGGUCUUCAAACUCGGCGCUGCUCAGAUUGAGAAUGUCUAAAUUAAAAACAUUAAUUUGGCCCAAAGUAAUUUUAUUUGGAGAUUCGAUCACGCAGUAUUCAUUCCAACCAAAUGGAUGGGGUUCAGAUAUUGCCAACAAACUUGUAAGGAAGUGCGACGUUUUGAACAGAGGACUGUCAGGCUACAACUCCCGAUGGGCCAAGAUUCUUCUUCCUCGCCUCAUCAAUGACCAGAACUCAGUGGAUCAGAACAUAGCUGCUGUGACAGUCUUCUUUGGAGCCAAUGACUGCUCCCUGGAAGACAAAAACCCACAACAGCACAUUCCCCUGCAGGAGUAUUCAGAGAACUUGAAGGAGAUCUCAAGCCUUCUGGGUUCAGCCGGUGUGUCAGCAGAUAAAGUUAUCUUCAUCACCCCUACACCUGUGCAUGAGCCAGCCUGGGAGAAGGAGUGCAUUCUGAAAGGAUGUCCUCUUAAUCGUCAUAACUCAGUAGCGGGUCAGUAUGCACAGGCCUGUGUUCAGGUGGCUGGACAGUGUGGAGCAGAUGUUCUAGAUCUCUGGACACUCAUGCAGAAAGAUGGACAGGAUUACUCGGUGUACCUGUCUGACGGGCUGCACUUGUCCGAAAAAGGGAACCAGUUUGUAGCUCAGCACCUGUGGGAUCUGCUGGAGACCCGCUUGGGUCACCUACCCUUCAUCCUGCCUUAUUGGGCGGACGUGGACCGCGCCAGUCCAGAGAGCUGUCUGCUCUGACAACUGAGGGUGACUUUUUAUGGAAAGCUCAGGGUGAAAUACUCCUUCAAAAAAAAAAAAAAGAAACUGAUGGACCGUCUGUGGAGAGCUGACUCACUCUGUUCACACAGACAGAUGAAAUUUGAAAUGCAACAUUACCUU